AUGGUAGUGACUGCUGCUCAUGGGAUGGUGUCGAGUGUGAUGAGGAUACCGGCCGGUCAUGUGGUUGGCCUUGAUCUCAACUCCAGUUGUCUCUAUGGUUCAAUCAACUCCAGCAGUAGUCUCUUCCAUCUUGUUCACCUUCAAAAGCUUAACCUUGCCUUCAAUGACUUCAGUGGCUCUCAAAUACCAUCUGCAUUUGGUAAUCUUUCAGAACUAACAAAUCUCCUCCAGCUCUCCAACUCCCUAUUUUUUGGCCAAAUUCCUUCAGAAAUUUCUAAGUUGUCUAAAAUUUCUUACCUUGACCUUUCUUCUAACUAUGGCCAAUCUUCUGAAAAGCUUUUGGAAAUUGGAAUGCCUGACCAGAGAAGCCUAGUGCAAAAUUUAUCCAACAUAGAAUAUCUAAAUCUUGGUUCUGUUGACAUAUCUUCCCCAAUACCCGAUUAG